AUGAAUGCAAUUCAUAUUAUAAUGGCAACAUCUAAUUCUGCAAAUCCACAUGCUACACCUAAUGCUCGAAUUGAAAGUAUUGCACGAAAAAGAAAAAUAUCUGCAGUUAUUUUUCUAAUUUUCGGUAUUUUAUUGCUUGUUGCCGGUUCUCUACUUGCCACAUACGAAAAACAAAGAUUUUCUGUUUCUUUUAUUGUUUUCGGUGGUAUUGGUAUUAUAUUUGCUUUUAUGUAUUGGAUAUCAGCUGAGAAGAUCUUAACUGCAUUACGAAAACUGAACGCUCAACGAAUACGGCAAGCAAGAUUUUAUGCUCAAAAUUCUGGUACAAUUAGUUUUGCAAAUAUGAAUAGUGGAGAUUUUCAUCGGUAUUCCGGUUCAUUCCAUAUAGGCUUACCUAGCUAUGAACAGAGUGUUUUGCACCCGAGAGAUAUUCCACCAUCGUAUGAAGAAGCAAUUAAUAAUAAAGCAGCAAAUGAUACAAUGAAUUAUUCUAGUCAUGAAUUAUCAUCUAUGCCAAUUCAUUCAAUAUCACUUUUAGUCGAUCAAGCUGAAGAUACUUCUGCCAAUAACGUUACCACAGGAACAAUACCCAAUCAAAAACGUACUUCACUCAAUUCUCCAGCACAAUAG